AUGGGUUCCUGGUUUAUAAACUACUUCAAGGACCUCGUAUCGGAAUCUAACUUGAGAAGAAUCUGUGAGGGAAGAGAAGCAUCGGCUAAUGGUAUAUGUAGAUUAAGAAGCAGCUUAAAGAACAGGGAAGCUGUAUGGGAAUGGGCCUAUGAAGGGGAGAUUAAGGCUAGGGGGAAGAAGCCAAUAGCAGGUCUGUAUAGCUUCUCUAGAGGUAUAUGUCUGAGUAUUGAAGAAUGGUUAAGUCUAUUACCAGUACCGAAGACUACGGAAGGAAUCUCAACAUUUCAAGGCUGUCAGUAUGACAAAUACGUCGAAGCCAAAAGUCAGAGUAGUCCGGACCAACAAUGUAGGGUAAAGGGGGAGCAGCUGAUCUGGAAUACUCUGAAGGGAGUGAAUACAAUGGACAUGUGGCAAGAGAGUCAAAGAUCACUACAGGCAUGCAUGGAUAUUGUAAGAAUAAUUAUGGUAAUAUUGGGUAUCAAGAUGAGUGGACAGACUGUGAACUCAAAGGACACCAGAGAUAAACAUAUAUGUCAGGAGAUCUAUGAAGAAUUAUGCCACUGGGGAGGGAAGAAGAUAGCACGAGAAAUAAUGAUGAACUGGUUCCAAAUCGAAGACGAAAGCGGUAAAGUUAUAAGCGCAUGGCAAUUACCUGGGGCCGACUUGUAUGAAGUGAUAACACACGAGAUCGCAGGCUUAGGGAAGGGCGAUAAGGGAACUGUGUGUAGGGUAAAGAUAUCCGGAGAUUCCACUCACGGACAGCCUCCUGAGCAGUACGAAACCCACGGGAGUGAGUGGGAUAACUUGAAACAAGAAAGAGAGGAAGAAGUAAAACAGCUAUGGCAGGGGAGGUUAGAGCACGAAGAAAAGGGUAAGCAGAGGAGUUAG